GUACAAAACAACAAUUCGCUGAUCCCUAACCUUGCGGAAAAUUUGCGGAAGGAGAAAAUCAAGGAAAAAUCUCUCAGCCCCGCUCACAAAAAGAAAAUAGCGGACGUGCGCACCUGGAUCCAGGUAUGCGUUUCGUUACACGAUUUACUCACCAGCAAACCGAAUUUCGGCGACGUUUUUGUGGAGGACGUAAAGAAUACCGUCGCGCAAGUGAAAAACGUGAUGCAAGACCGCGCAGCGGACGCAUUGGAAAAAAUCCACAUCAAAGAAAACAUCGACAAAGUGAAGGAAAAGGCGACCGGAUUUCUCGGGGUGGCCGGAAAAUUCUUCGGCGGCGUUGCGAACGCUCUCCUCGAGGAACAAGACGGCACGCCAGAUUUGGCGGACGCGCUGGGGCACUUGCGGAGAGCAGAUGAGCAACCCGCAGGUUCCGAACAGACGGCCAUGACCGGAAGUGCUGCGUCGUCCCAAAGAACGCCAGCGAACAAGCAGAUGAAAACGAUACUUUCUGAAGAGUCAGCUGCUAAAAAUAGAGCAGACACCACACCUGCUGCGCAAGCACUCGAUGCAGCUGGUGCAAACAAGGGCAACAAGAGACGGCGAUCUUCUUUUUCUGGCCGAGGCAGGAAAAGCAGCAAAGACCUUCGCGGUCGGAGAAGCGAGCAGUCUCAAGUUCUCGUCGAAGAUGAUUUCUUCGACCAAGACGCGCGCACAUUCCCCAUCGAAACACCCG